AUCUGGGAACCAGUGUGCAGAGGUCACAUCCCCACCCGGACUCAUAUUUUUGCAUCUCAGGAAGUAGGGGAGGCUGUCUCCCUGCACUGGCCGGAAGUGCCUUUCUAAAGUUCUCUGGCUGUUCCACCUCCCCAUGCGAAGCUUGCAGCAACAUGCUUCUGAUUCCGCCCCUUCACUUACCUGUAAAAACACAUUGAUCACAACUGCCUGGCAUCUUCCUGAACAAGACAUUUAACAGGGCCAGUAUGCUUCACGUCAUCCAGAAGCUUUCUCAAGCAUCUCCAAAGAUACUAAAGUACCCUUUCAUAAUGGGAAUAGGAACCAGCAGAACAGAUAAACUUGCUCUCAAGUCAUCUCUCCAGCAGAACUUUUCCUCUUUGAUUCAGAGGCCUUGGUUUGUCUCAUCAUUUCCAGUGUGUGUUAGCAAGACACAAGGCUAUCAUACAUCCCCUUGGAGCUUUAAGAAGAAGGAGAAGCAAGCAGUACUUCCACCCAGGCCACCAAACACCAUCUCUUACCUGACUGACAGCCCCAAACCAGCAUUAUACAUAACUCUAGCAGGACUGGUCCCCUUUGUUGCUCCACCACUGGUCAUGGUGAUGACAAAGACUUAUAUCCCCAUGUUAGCUUUUACACAGAUGGCUUAUGGUGCCAGUUUCCUAUCUUUCUUGGGAGGGAUCAGGUGGGGUUUUGCUCUGCCAGAAGAUAGUCCAGCCAAACCAGACUUCCUUAAUUUAGCUAAUAGUAUGGCCCCCGUUAUGUUUUCAUGGUUUGCCCUCCUUACUUUUGAAAGACUCAGUGCAGCCAUAGUCACUGUAAUAGUAGGUUUGGGGAUAGCAUUACACAUUGAACUCUUUCUCUUGCCACAUUAUCCCAACUGGUUCAAAGCCCUGAGGUUACUGGUUACUUUUGUAGCCUUUUUUUCAUUUGCAAUCACUUUAUUAGUUGAAAAUAUUUAUCCAGAGAAAGAACCCAAGAGACCUGGUCAAACAGAAUAAAUAUAAGACUACUUUGUUAAUAACAUUAGCAUGUUUGUUAUGACCUUAUAAAGUUGCAUUUUGGCAUCACUUUUUUCUUCUGUUUGGCUGUUUCUCCUCACCCCAUCAAUGGUAGUUUAUUCUUCAUAGAUUGUUUUUUAUUUCUAGAAAACAUUAUUUUAUAGUAGUUACUUGAUCAAAAACGUCAAAAUCUCUGACAAAACUUUUAAAUAUCAUAGUUUUUUUUUAGUCUUUUGAUGAAUUUUAUAGUCAACCAUUUAAACAUUUCAGUGUUUUAAUUAUCUUGGGAAAUAUAAAUUAAGAUGCAAAAAGUUUCCUUUGUUAGAGCCUUAUGAUCAUUAGAAGAAACAUACAUUGUCCUACAAGAGGGAGUCUUUGUAUUCAUGAGUGUCUAAAAAUAAAAGGUGGUUCCAGUGUGGA